AUGGCAGAAAAGCAGUUCUAUCUCCGCGGACAAUACGAUUCGGCUGUAUGCAUGAUCGAAGUGGGAAGCAAGCUUGACAUACAUGCCAUACGAAAGAAGGUCGCAUCCCAAUUCGCAAUUAUAGAGCCAAAAGGAAUAUCGUUUCAUCUCGAUGGGGAGAACCUCAGCUCCACGGAAGAUAUUCUCGCAGUAAAUCAGCCAAUAGGUAUCUUAGUGGAUGGCGAAACAGUCCAUGAUGUUCCGGGACCCAAGGGGCUUCCUCUACUUGGGAGUCACUGUGAGGUAUACCCCGACCAUAUUGGCAAUCAUCAACGCCUUUUCGAACUUUACGGGCCGAUCUUCCAGACAACAGUCAUGGGUCGGGUAGUUUACCACACUAAUGACCCAGUCCUAACUGCCCAUGCGUUCGCCGAAACUGAGUUCUUCACUAAAGACAUCAAUCACGCGCAUCCUUUAUACGGGGAAUGGAAAGAGGGACAUAAGUUCAUUGUACCCGCAUUUAGUCCUAAGGCAAUCGCAGCCUAUACCCCACGCAUGGAAGAGGUUGUACGGCAUUCCUUUCCAAUAUUCGACGAGCUCGAUCAGGCGAACCAAGCAUGGAAUGCGUACAGCUUCAUGCUGAAACUAUCGUCGCAACUUGUGGGGAAGCUUAUCAUUGGGGCUGAUUUUAGGCACUUUGAAAGGGUCGAUUCUCCUAUUCAUGACAUCCCUAAGGCUAUUGUCAAGCUUUUAGGGUUGAACAAGAAAGCCACAUCAUGGGGAGAUUGGUAUACAUGGUUACCUUUCGGUGAUCCAAAACGGUUGCGAGAUACGUGGCAUUUAGUGGGGUCUCUGGUCGGGGAGUCUGUCAAGAAGGCUCCCAUUGGGGAAGGGCAUGUCUCCAUCCAGGAGGCGGGCUUGAAAACUCAGAGUUUAGCAGACUACCUUGUUCGUGCUAGAGAUAGCAAAGGCAACAAGUUGAGCGAUGAAAGCCGAAACCCAGCGCUCAUUGUGGCACUAACGGCAGGAUUCGUAACGACGAGUUCUCUACUUUCCUGGCUGAUCUACGGUCUGGUAACGUAUCCAGGGGUCCAGGAAAAGCUCUUGCAAGAGCUAAUCGACAAUAACAUGACGGAGACUUCAGAAAUGACUGGCGAAUUUAUAGGAAACCUAUCCUAUCUGGAUAAGUUCGUCAAGGAAACCCAGCGACGUCAUACUACAUCUUUCCAACCCGCUAGAACGGCACGCAAAGAUGUUAUCCUUCCUGGAGGGUAUCGAGUUCCCAAAGACAGCGUGGUUAUCUCAGAAAUCCACCAUCUUCACAACAAUCCGGCCAUAUGGGGCAAUCCGACUCAAUUUUCCACAGAUAGAUGGGAUACCGAGAGGGUCAAGAAUCGACACCGCGGAGCCUAUAUCCCAUUUGCGAUGGGACCUCGCAUAUGCGUAGCGACAAACUUCGUUGCUCGCGAGGUAAAAGUCUUUAUCGCCAUGCUUGUGUACCGGUAUGAAUUCUUCAGAGAAGGCAAUGAUCCGAUCGAAUAUGAUUCCAUGUUCCAAACUGUCAAGCCAAGCAAUCUCUAUGUGCGGGCCCGGAGAAGGUCGCACGAUUGA